AUGGAGCCGAAUGGUUCGUGGACUUUGCUGACCAGUGGUGUUACGAACGAUACCUGGCAGUCGAGGCCUCCGAUAAAACACGCCGGACUGCUGCUUAUCGCGAUUCCGGUGGUGACGAUCCUCGGCAAUCUGCUCGUUAUCGUGUCGGUGCUUCGCUACCGUGCGCUUCAGACCGCCAUCAACUUCCUCAUUCUCGGCCUGGCUGUCGCUGAUCUCCUGGUCGCCCUCUUCGUCAUGCCGUAUGCCGUCUAUGUACACGUGCAACGAGGUGAAUGGUACAUUGGCAAUCUAAUGUGUGACAUCUAUAUGGCGUCAGAUGUGGCGUGUAGCACAGCGUCCAUACUUCUUCUUGCUAUUAUCAGUUUUGAUAGGUACCGGGCAGUGUCGCGUCCGAUUCAGUAUUCUCGACAGUCGCAGAAUAUUCGGCGAGUGCUGGCGAUGAUUGGCGCCUCAUGGAUUGUUUCUCUACUGGUUGCCAGCCCAAUGGUUUUCGGUGUGAAUGUACGCCCACCGGACGCAAACUCUUACGAGUGUCGCUUUUAUAACGCCGAGUUCUCGAUCGGCUCAUCCAUCAUAUCGUUCAUCAUUCCUUGUAUCCUCGUGUUAUUCGUCUAUGUUCGUAUUCUUAUUACUCUGAAAAAGCGGGAAAAAGCCGCUAGAUUACGUCGCAUGAAGAACUUCCAACCUGGAGCGAGGUAA